AGUUUCAGUGCGGAAGCGACCGGUAGCAAAUUGUGGCAUGUAAACUGAAAUGCUGAUUGCUGAUUGUUAUCAAAAUAUUAAUGUUUAGUGAGUAUUUGAAUAUACUAUAAUUCAUAACGCCUUAACAAUCGAUGUUCUCACUUGAAACAAUUAUAACAUCCCUGGAGGAAUUAUUUCAUGAGGUAAGCUGUACAGAAAGUUUGUUGGAAAAGUAAGAAGAGACUGUGACUUAAUAUAGUGGGCCUGGAGGAAUACCAACAGGGUUAUAGUGUGUCACUUAAUCAGCAAACAGCCUUGCAGUGAUGGUAACUCUGGUUCCUGUCAGAUCACUGAAAUUAAGUGGUUAGUACUGCAGUGGAUGACCAUCUGGAUCUGCUGAGUGUUGUUGGCAAGUGGGGUGCACUCAGCCCACAUGAAACCAAUUGAGGAGCUACUUGACAGAGAAGUAGCAGCUCCAGUCACAAAAACUGACACCAGCUAGGAGAGUGGUGUGCUGACCACAUGCCCCUCCAUAGCCUCAUCUAUGAUGCCUGUCAGCUGAGAGUGACAUGGCAGUUGAUCAGUAACACUGGGCCUUCCAAGAUUUGUUCAGACACAGUUUACUUUAGUUUUUAUGUUGCUUAAUAAAGUUAAAUGGGUCCUGCAAUAAAGGCAUAGGAAUUCUGUCAAGACAAUACUUGGAAAUCUGAUCUAAAACUACAAGAGGAUGAAACUGCUGCACUUCUGACCACAGAUAAAAAAAAUCAUUACACUGGAUGCAUUGAAGAAAAUGAGGACUGUUGAUGACAAAAUUGUGUAUAUGCUGAAUACAUCUAUACCAACAGAAUCAUUUAAAGGGCAAGUUGAUCCAACAGCGACAUGCAAACAGCUUUAUGAAGAGCUGAAAUCCAGUUAUGAUACAAGAGAAGCAGCCAUUAAAAAAUGUAUUACUUUAACUGCAGAGCGAGUCAAAGAGCUGAAGGUUCAAAGGGAAAGUAGAGUCGAUGAUAUAAGCCUCCUGAAGAAUCUACGCAAAGAACAAACAAAGCUGAGAUUGCUUCAGUCAGAACUGAAUGUGGAAGAAGUGGUGAAAGAGAGAAGCACAAAAGUGUACUAUGAACGAUGUCGACCGUUUUUCAAACCAGCAGACAUUGAAUUAUGAUGAACAGGCAUUACUAUCUUCUAGUCAUGUGCCUGGUAGUAGAGUAUGAAUUCUGUGAGAAGGAAAAGGGCACUUGUGGAUUGAUAUUCAGUUUGUAUCAAGAGUGUGAAGUGGACUGCUUAGAACAGGGUGAUUACAUGCACUUUUUUAAAGGAAAUUUUUGAGGAAGAAGAAGAGUGUCUUUCAUUACAUAGAAGAGUGAAUCGUCUGUUUAUUUAGCUGCAAUAUUUUGAUAAACAGUUGUAUUACAACAUGGUCACUAAUGUUCAUUUGUUGUUAUUCAACAUUUUGAUAAAAGAUUAUAUUACAAGGUUGUUGCUAGUGUUCAUUUGAUUUAAUUAUGCAGACUUGCCCAGGUAGCAGUGAAUGGAAUUAUAUUUUCCUUAAAAUAAAAUGAGUCUUUGAUACCAACAGGUACAUUUAUAAUGAAUCACUUUUCGUGUGGUAAACAUUUUUCUGCUUGAAUUAAAAGCAGAAUUUGACUUACGU